AUGAACACAUUUCUGUCCAGAUUGAAUACAAUUUUCGCCUUCACACUUAGUGUGAUGGCGGGAUUGACUUUCUGUUGUUUCCUUACGACGGCUUUCAAUGAACACAAAGCCCUGGUAUACAUUGGAACUGGGAAAACCAUAGUAAAAAAUGUUCCCGACUACAGCGCCACAAGAGAAAAGAAUGACCUUGGAUUUGUUGUCUUUGAUAUGCAAGCAGAUUUAUCAAGGAUAUUUAACUGGAAUGUGAAGCAAUUGUUCCUGUAUCUGACAGCAGAAUAUGAGACAAAAGAUCAUGUUUUAAACCAGGUGGUGAUCUGGGACAAAAUCAUUAAGAGGGGAGAGAACUCUGUUCUUGACUACCGCAGCAGCAAUACCAAAUAUUAUUUCUGGGAUUAUGGCAAUGGCCUGAAAGGAAACAACAACGUGACUCUGACUUUGUCAUGGAAUGUCAUUCCUAAUGCUGGAACCUUGCCAAAAAUCAGAGGAGAAGGAUCUCACAAGUUUAAAUUUCCCAAUGAGUACAGCACAAACAGGCUUUAGUACACAGGACUUCUGUUAUAACUUCUAUAACAAUAAAUGUGCUUUAUAGUUGGGGAUGGUUGAAACCGAACAUUUAAAAAAGUAUGAUAUAUUCUAUGGUAAGGGUUUUCAGGUGUGGCAUAUAACAGUAAUAAUGUGAUGAACAGACAUCAUCAUAUAAUGUUGAUAUCUCGAUAAUGAUUGCUUUGAUCUUGUAUGAAAAAAAUUUACGUAAUUCAUAACAGUCUAUCAUUUAAUAAGUAAUCAAGGCCUUGAUUGGGUUCUGAUGGAAAUGGCAGCAAUAUACCAGGUAAAAGUAUCAAUACACUUGUAGGAUUUGCUUCCAGCGGGGAUUUUCAGGGCAAUUUUAUAGAUGUAAGACAUCAGAAAAAACACAGUUUUUUGGCAUUCCUAUUUCUUUUAUUUAACAGAACUGUUUUUCCUCAUCAAAACAAAAAGACUAAGAGCUUAGUAUCAUUUUCAGCAGUAGAAGAGAAUCUGAGGACAAGCAUAUAAACAUAUUGAAGGAUAUGUAGACCAUCGUGUUGAUAAUGUUUAGAAAUAUUGUCCAAAUUAUGCAUAAAUGUAAACAAGUUCUCACAGUUGACAACUGCUAAAUGUUGUACAAGAGUACUGGAAGUGAUAUACUGACAUCACUAGUGUUACGAUGAAUUUAUUUUACAUCAGUCCCUUUUCUUUAUUUUGAAAAAAAUGUAUUUCAAGGGAAUAUUGAUUCAGUAGAAUAGAUAUUUGACUCAUUGUAUCAUGUUUCAUAUUGAGGUGUUGAUUUUCUUCCUUAUUCUAUACAGUUAACAUGAUUGUGCUUACAAUAAUUUGACCACCUGUUUCAGUAACAGAUCAGAAUUACUGGGAGUAUGUACUAUAACAUUGUCAGUGUAAGUGUGUAACAUGCAAUCUGUACUCAGCAAAUUUGUUUUAACUUAUUGUUAAGAUUUGGGGUAUAACACAGAGGAAUACAAAGUUUUGCUCCAAUUCUGUUAAGGAGUUGCCAUACUGUAUAUUAAUUGUUAUAGACUCCAUCCAUGUUUAGUUCUAGUGACUUUACAUGAGAGAGAUAUGUGUGAGUGGGUCAUUGAUCUAUUAGUAACUGUAUUUCACCUCUCCGCAUACAUUCAAUUUGUUAUAGAAGGUUGUAUCUCCUCUCGUGUCUGAGCUAAAUCAAUCUUUCCAGAGUUAUCAUCUGGCAUCCGAGUAAAUUGUCAUCUUAGUGCAUUGAUUUACAGAUCAAUCAGAUCAUGAUAUAGACAUUUUAGGUGUAAUAGAUGAAUGUUUGAAGUAAUGCUCUGUAGCGACAAAUGUACGAUUCAUCCAUUUUUAAGAUCUAUUUUGAUAUUUGAAAAUCUGCAUAAUUUUUCAUUGGUGAUUUAGAUCAUCAUUUUAUUUGAAUUUAGGUUACUGAUUGCUGUUUGAUGUUGUAAUCCUCAAAAACAGCUCCUGUCUCGCCUAGUUCUCCUGAAGAAUAAUGCAUUUGGUGUACAUUGUAUAAUAGUUUUCCAUUUUAAUAGCAAAUUAAUACUUAUUUAGUACUUACAAAUUAAUGUAGACAGGGACAUAUGUACCUAUAUCCUCUUAUUAUGUCAAGCUAGCUUCUCUUCCUUGUUUUCACAUCUACAACACUUAUUUGACCAAACAAAAAUGAAAAAAGACAGAAAUGUACCAAGAGGUGGUUUACUUAUUGUUGCUGCUGUUAUGUAAAUUUUGUGUACAUGUACACAUUGUUUCUUGUUAAGUAAAUAAUUUGUAAUAUUAUUAUGUAAUUAAUGUGAAGUUCAUUGCUUUUUUUCACAUCAAAGUAUAAUCUAUUCAUCUUAUGAAAUAAUUGCCUUCCCCCCCACAAGCGCUUCUUUGUUCAUAAUGUGUGAUUGUUGAGUGUUUUAUGGCAAUGAACAUUAAAUACGAUUGCAACUUUUGAAAGGUAUCUACAGUAUCAGAUGCAUAUUUUAUACCUGUAUCUAGGAAAUAUCAGAUGUUUGUUGAACUUUAAUAAGCAAUGAAUGGUGCUGAAUGUUUGGAUGAGAUUUGCACUGAUAGUAUGUUAUUGUUUUGGUAAUGGUGUGUGAUUAGUGGGAAUGGGAGUGUGUGAGUUUUUUGGUAGUUGUAUGUUGUGGUUGUAUCUGGUAUAGUGAGGUAUUCAAAUUUUGAUAUGGUUGGUGGAAUUAUUUUGACAGCAGGAUUGUCUGUGUAGCAUGUAUCUUUGAUUUUUAUUUCAGAGUCAGGGUAGGGAUAGGGGAGAUUUGGGUUUAGAAAAUUAAUUAAUUGCAGAUUUAAUUGCAAUUCCUAUGUGAUUACUGCAACUAAAGAUGCUACAUUAGAUCUUUGUUCAUUGUGUAAAACAUACCUUAAUUAUAAACAGUGUUUAAAUUUCAUAAUCAAAUAUAAUUUUCAAGAUGGUUUAUAAAUAUGGACAUGUGAAUGCUUCAUGUUGUAAUAAAGAUUUGACACAGGUUUUGAUGAACUGCUGGUUUUCACAUAAAAUGAAAUUCAGAUAAUUUUGACCAUUCUAAUUUCAUAUCCAUUUUAUUAUGUUAUGCUUAAGGGUUGCCAUGCAAAUGAAGAUACAUCUGAGUUUGACAGACAGAUACCAUAACAGUGCUUUCCCUUUUUUUAAUGUAACAUGUCGUAUCUACUAGACUUUUGCCACAGUGUAAUUCUGGGGUGAUAUUUUGUAAUUAUAUAUCAUGAAGAAUUUUUAAUUUCAUAGAUCAGUAGUGAGUAAUAAUGUUUUGGUAUGUUAGCUGUGUGUAAAUCUUAUUGAUAAUAACUGUAUCAAAACGAUUAUCGGGUUUAAAUGAUGAGUUGAGCAGAAUGCUGUUAAAUAUUUAACAGUACAGGUGCAGUGAAGUGAGAGUGAUUUGGUAUUGUAAGAGUGAAUGAAUAAAUGUUAUAGAAAGUA